AUGUUUUUCUAUUGCUAUGCUGGAGAGCUAAUAACAGAACAAUGGAAAGCAGUAUACCAUGCUGUGUACGAUCGUGAGUGGUACAAAUGGGAGUCAAAACAAGCGAAAAAUCUUAUUCCAUUAAUGAUGCGAGUUCAGCAACCGUGCGGUAUCACUGCAGGAAAGAUUAUUCCAUUAACGAUGACUACUUUCUGCAGCCUAUUAAAAACGUCAGCUGGUUAUAUAUCAUUUUUAUCGGCAAUGAUGGAUUAA